AUGAUCUUUAGAUUGCUGACGAUUUUCAUGGUUCCAUUGCUGGUGACAGCAGAGAACUGCGAGCAGGAAGAAUGCUUGGCUGCCGCUGUGAAGACAGAUGGUCCUGACGAGGCCACGGAACUUUUGCAGGUGAAGGGUGAUGCAGUGUCUGAAGAGUCCGAGCAAAAGGAGAAGAAUGAUGAAGAAUGGGUGGCCUACAAUCCUUAUGGCCCCCGUGGUGGUCCUGGACAUGGUUACGUUCACCACAACCCUCCUGGCCCUCGUGGUGGCUACGGCCAUGGAACAACUGCAGUCCAUCACAACCCACCAGGUCCUCGUGGUGGCAUUGGGGGUGGCACUACUGUCUACCAUCAUCACGGCUAUCGAUGA